UCCGGACCGACCCGGCCUGCGCUCGGAAGAGGAGGGCGCGUUUGACUUCGGCGCGUCGCCCCCGCGCUGUGCCCUCUGUCGGUGGUGCGGGGCAGCAGUAACAGCGGUGGCGGCAGGAGGCGGCAGCCGCGUCGACAUUGCCUAAGACUGGAGCGACGUUUAAAGAAGAGGCAGAAUCGCCGGGGAGUGCAGCUUUUUCUUAUUGGGGACUUCCACCCUUCCGCGCGGCCCAAGGAGGAGACGCGGCGGCGCCGGGAAGCAGGCAUGGAGAGUAGAAAACUGAUUUCUGCUACAGACAUUCAAUAUUCUGGCAGUCUGUUGAACUCCUUGAAUGAGCAACGCGGCCAUGGACUCUUCUGUGAUGUUACUGUUAUUGUGGAAGACCGAAAAUUUCGGGCCCACAAGAAUAUUCUUUCAGCGUCUAGUACCUACUUCCAUCAACUCUUCUCAGUUGCCGGGCAAGUUGUUGAACUGAGCUUUAUAAGAGCAGAGAUCUUUGCAGAAAUUCUCAAUUAUAUCUAUAGUUCUAAAGUUGUUCGUGUUAGAUCAGAUUUGCUUGAUGAGUUAAUUAAAUCAGGGCAGUUAUUAGGAGUGAAAUUUAUAGCAGAGCUUGGUGUUCCAUUGUCCCAGGUUAAAAGCAUCUCAGGUACAGCUCAGGAUGGUAAUGCUGAAACCUUACCUCCUGGUUCUAGUGACAAGAACCUUUUAAUAGAAAAAUCAAAAGAUGAAGCCCUAGAUAAUGGGGCUACUAUAAUGCCUAUUAUAACAGAGUCUUUUUCAUUAUGUGCUGAAGAUUAUGAAAUGAAAAAGAUCAUUGUUACCGAUUCUGAUGAUGAUGAUGAUGAUGAUGAUGAUGAUGUCAUUUUCUGCUCUGAGAUUCUGCCUGCAAAGGAGACUUUGCCAAGUAACAAUGCAGUGGCACAAGUCCAGCCUAACCCAGGCCCUGUUGAUAUUUCAGAUGUCGCACCUUGCACUAGCAAUAACUCUCCCCCUUUAACAAAUAUCACACCUACUCAGAAACUUCCUACUCCUGUGAAUCAGGCGACUCUGAGCCAAACACAAGGAAGUGAAAAAUUGCUGGUAUCUUCGGCUCCACCACAUCUGACUCCCAACAUUAUUUUGUUAAAUCAGACACCACUUACACCACCACCAAAAGUCAGUUCUUCACCUCCAAAUCAUAUGUCCUCUUCAAUCAAUUUACUUGUGCAGAAUCAGCAGAGACCAAACAGUGCUAUUUUAACAGGAAACAAGGCCAGUGAAGAGGAGGAGGAGGAAAUUAUAGAUGAUGAUGAUGACACUAUUAGCUCCAGUCCAGACUCAGCAGUCAGUAAUACAUCUUUGGUUCCACAGGCUGAUACCUCCCAAAAUACCAGUUUUAAUGGAUCAUUAAUACAGAAGAUGCAGAUUCCUACACUUGUGCAAGAACCACUUUCCAAUUCUUUAAAAAUUUCAGAUAUAAUUACUAGAAACACUAAUGAUCCAGGUUUAGGAUCAAAACACCUGACAGAGGGCCAGAAGAUCAUUACUUUAGAUACAGCUACUGAAAUUGAAGGCUUGUCGACUGGUUGCAAGGUUUAUGCAAAUAUUGGUGAAGAUACUUAUGACAUAGUGAUCCCUGUCAAAGAUGACCCUGAUGAAGGGGAGGCCAGACAUGAAAAUGAGACACCAAAAACAUCUGGCAGUGAGUCGACAAACAAACGUAUGAAAGUAAAACAUGAUGAUCACUAUGAGUUAAUAGUAGAUGGAAGGGUCUAUUAUAUCUGUAUUGUAUGCAAAAGGUCAUAUGUCUGUCUGACAAGCUUGCGGAGACAUUUUAACAUUCAUUCUUGGGAAAAGAAGUAUCCAUGCCGGUACUGUGAGAAGGUAUUUCCUCUUGCAGAAUAUCGCACAAAGCAUGAAAUUCAUCACACAGGGGAGCGAAGGUAUCAGUGUUUGGCCUGUGGCAAAUCUUUCAUCAACUAUCAGUUUAUGUCUUCACAUAUAAAGUCAGUUCAUAGUCAAGAUCCUUCUGGGGACUCGAAGCUUUAUCGUUUACAUCCAUGCAGGUCUUUACAGAUCAGACAAUAUGCGUAUCUUUCUGAUAGGUCAAGCACUGUGCCUGUAAUGAAGGAUGAUGGUAUUGGGUAUAAGGUUGAUGCUGGAAAAGAACCUCCGGUAGGGACCACCACAUCUACUCCUCAGAACAAGCCAAUGACCUGGGAAGAUAUUUUUAUUCAGCAGGAAAAUGAUUCAAUUUUUAAACAGAAUGUAACAGAUGGCAGUACUGAGUUUGAAUUUAUAAUACCAGAAUCUUACUAAACUUUGAAAUACCAGAAAGUUUUGGUUUGGAUUAAGGGACGGGUUUGAGAAGACCUGUAAAACAAGGUACAAACAAAAUUUGAUCUGCCACAUUAUCCGAAGGUAGUCUAGUGGGAUUAUUUGUUGAUAAUAUUUAGAAGCAAAUUUUUCUGAAAGUUUGAGUAGAGAUUGAGAGGUCACCCCAAGUAUUUGUGUAUAUAGUUAGCUUUCAGCUCAUUUAAGAUGCAAACAAAAAUAAGCUUGGAGAGAUAGUUUUCUGAAUAGAAUUUGAAGCAGUCUGAAUGUUCUUUGAAAAUAACUGGAGUUGUUAGCAUACCCUAGUACAUCUUACAACUUUCCCCUUCCACGUUAGCACUUUACUGCUGAAUUCUCAAUUUUUUAAACAUUGAGACUAUAAAUGUGUGUUGUAUCUUGUAUAUGGCAUAAAAAGUACACAAGAACUUCUAAAGUCGUUCUGGAAAUUUUUAGAAUAAGUUUCUGCUCAGUUGGGUAUUCUGCUAGUCCAAGUGAAUAAUUGCCGCCCCCCGUGAAAAUAGCCAUGCAGACAAGUCUCUCAUCUGAAGAAUAAGUUAGAUUUAGCUGCUUAGGAUUAAUCCUUGCUUAUAUUGCCAUAGCCUAAAAGACUUUGGUAGCUAGACCACUGUAUACCUUUGUAAUGUGGUCUCUGCUGGCAAAAUAGUGGAAAAACAAAUCAAUGCAGACAGGAGGAGACAAAAAGUUCUGCUGCACUUAUUUUUAUUUCUGUACUCUUACAUGAUAGAGGAUGGAAUUGAAUGGAGAUUUCCUUUUUGCUAUGGUUAAAAAUACUCCCCAAUUUUUUUUCAAGUUUUGAUCUAAAAGCCACCAAAAAAUUAUGUAUAAAUCUUUGUAAAUGAUAGAAUCCAUAGAUGAGACUUCUAUAUAUUUUAGGUGGGAGGCUAUUGGCAUAUAUUUUUUAAUGUUCAUAUUACUUAGAAUCUCCAAGAGGAAGUCUUUAUUUUAAAUAGUUGAAUUGGUGAUUUAGUACUUUCCUUUCAACAGAAUCUUUUAGGUUUUUACCUAUUCUAAAGUAAGUUUUAUUCCAUCUGCAAAUUGCUACAAUAUUACAGCAAUCAGAAACUACAUCUGGAAUGUUAUACAGGCUUGUCAUUUCCCAUUUAUCUUGACAACAAUAAAUAUCACCUUUCUUAUAAAAUUACACAUAUUUAAACAUUUAGAAAAUAAAGUUAAAACUUACUGAAGUGCUAGUACUAAAAGGAAGCAAGUUGGAACAAAAAAUAUAUAGCCUAGCAUUUAUAACGGAAUUAACUUGUGGAACUUCUGUAAAUGAUUUUUUGCAAAGGAAAAAAGUUAAUAGAUAUUGGAAAAGAUUGUUGUGCAUAGUUAUUAGUCAUUUGUAAUUCUUAAGUAUUUCUUAGUUCAGCAUAGAUAUUUUCUUUCUCCUUAACCAUGUAUUUUUAAAAAUAGUCUAUUUCUUGACCUUGAACUUAAAGCUUUAAUCAUAAUUUCUCAUAUAUGCAUCAUUCUUCUGAUGGUAAGCUAGAUUUGAAGAUAAUGGUUUCAGUAUUUCUUAAGUUGGUAGCUGAGGGUAUCAGGCAUCAAUACAUGCAAUAAUACAAUGAGAAAGAAAAAUAAUAUCCUUUGCUUACCAGGGGCUAGAGUGAUGAGCAUUUGUGUGUUUUCUGUAAGUUUCUAGACCUUCAAACCAUUUUGUAAACUAACCCUUGGGAAAUUUGAAAUUACCUGAAACUUAAGACUCUGAUCUCUGAAAUCACCAUAUCUGUUUCCUGUGUAGAUAUUGAUAGUGUUACUCUUUGACUGUAAGGUGCACUCUGAAAUGUUCUCAAUGGAAAUUUGAGGUUCCUUAAUGCUGUUUUACCAGUUAGCUAUAAUUCUACCAAUGUGAAUACUGAUGCCAGCAGAGCUUCCAGAUUUUUCAGACUCAACUGCUAGAUAAAUUAGUCAUAAAAAACUUAGUAGUUUCUACAAGUUUAUUAUGACAAACCAGGAAUUAAUUCUAUAAUGGAAAACUAUCAUUCUGAAUAAUACAAUUAUAAUUGUUUGCUGCUGCUGCGCUCUGUGAAUUCUGAAUAUGAAAUUUGAACUUUGUGCCUACUAUAGGUAUCUUCUGGAGUUUUUGGGGAGGAGGAAAACUGGAAAAUUAAAUUGUAUUUUUGCCAAAAGAUUCUUACUUGCAUGUACCUCAGGGUCUUCAUUUUUUCUAGAAGUUUCCAUAUCCAAAGUUUAGAGUUCAUGUGAAAUACUCCUUUGGGCUGAAAACUCUUUACUCCUGGUAUUUAUUGGAUUGGAAAUCUAUAGCAAGAUGCUGUUUAAAAUUUACCACAGGGUUUUUCUGUUUUAUACUUAGCUUUCUGGCCAAUGAACUUCCUUUUUUCUUUCAAGUUGGCUUCAGAUUUGCUCCUAAGCUAAAUUACCUGUAAAUAUUCUGGAUAGGAACUAUUUUAAAUGGUUAUUUGUUAAAAGAUGACAAAAUGCAAUGAUCAAAGUAAGCAAAGAUUUUAAAAUGCCAUAGGAAUCUUGCAAGACUAACUUUAAAAUAUACUCUAAAUGAUAAUUAUGAUUUUGGUGGUAAUGAUCUCCCAUAUGUAAUCACUGUGAAGGAAUGGUGCCACGUUUUUUUUUCCAUUGAACAAAAAAGAUAAACAGUAAACAUGUAUAAAGGUAUUUUGUAUUGUCGAGGCGUGUAUGUUCUAAAGAAUUAAAUGUUAAUUCAAUAGCACUGGCUUCCUGCCAUCUGUCAAUCAUAUGAAAAACCUUGUUCACUUCUCCCAAUAAUGUAAUGUUCAUACUUGUACAAUCUUCCUUGUCAUGACUUUAACAUUCUACUUUUCAUUAACCAUUGCUUGAUACUAGUUCGUAGAGCUUCUUAUGGCCAAAAUAAAAUGUUUUAAUUCU